GUUUAUUUUUUAGGUUAUAUUGUUGUUUUUAUUUUGCGAUUAUACUAUUUUUGUCCCAUAUAAUGUCAACAAACUACAAAAAAAUAUUCGUCACCGUUGGCACAACACGAUUCGAUACUUUAUGUAAAACCAUCAACAAUGAAUCCACACUCGAAACCUUAAAACGGUUGGGAUGCAAAGAAGUAACCAUGCAGAUCGGUUCUAGCGAUUUAAAAACAGGCGAAUAUGUAAAAUGCGGGAUAAAUCUGCAUUUAUACAAAUACAAAGAUUCCUUAGAAGAGGAUGUAAUGAACGUCGACCUGGUUAUAAGUCACGCAGGGGCAGGAACUUGCUUAGAAGUUUUAGAAGCCAGUAAACCACUUCUAGUGGUCGUCAACGAGGACUUGAUGGAUAACCAUCAACUGGAGCUAGCGGAGCAGCUGCAGGUCGACGGACACUUGUACUAUUGCACGUGUGACACGUUGGAAAGCACUUUGCAAGAAGUAGAUUUUAGUUUACUCAGGCCAUUUCCUAAGCCUGAUGCUUCAUUGUUUGUUAAGUUUCUAGAUGAUGUGUUCAAGGUUACACUACCUUCAAGCCAGAAAUAGUACAUGCAUAUAAAAUAAAACAACAGAGAAAUUACUUGCCCAAAGGAAAUGGAAGUUGUAAUUUGUUGUGACCUCAUGUCCGAGGGACGUGACUCCUAUGGGUCAUUCUUCCUACCACUGCCCUCCAGGCCUCUCGAUCUUCGGCCAUCUGCAUCGUUGCCUGGAGCGAAGCCUGGGUAAUAUUCUGGACCACAUCUGACCAUCUACUGGGUGCAUGCCCUCUACUCCUUCGUCCAUCGACACUCCCAUUAUUUUUUUUUACUGAUACUAAUAUGUGCUAACAUUUACACAGAAAACUGAACACUAGUUUUUUUUUACCUC